CAGGUUUCUCUCUGGUUAGAUCGAUGUGUCACGUGAACAGUACGAAGAAUUCUCUCAUGUGAUCUGAUGUGAUCCCUUCAGUUUUCGAUAGCUGUAAGUAGCUCGCACGCGAUACGGCCGCUUGCUCCGCGCUCGUACGCCACUUUUCGAAGGAUCUGUGAUCAGACAGGAAGAAAAAAAAAAUGGGCGCUUCCGCGUUACCCGUGAUAGCCUUCACGCUUCUCUGGGGCAUCGUGCUAUUCCUUGGAGUAGCUCUACCACUUUUCGUUCCGAAGGGACCAAACCGAGGGAUACUACAAGUUCUACUGGUGUUAACAGGCUUUACGUGCUGGUUAUUCUGGCUAUGCUGCUACAUGGCGCAGAUGAAUCCAUUGAUUGGACCGAAGUUAGAUAAUGUAACCAUCCUAGUUAUGGCUCGAGAAUGGGGUAAUCCUAUUUCCGACUAAUGAACAUUCCAAAAUUUGCGCGAAAAUUUUGAUUUCAAGUAUAUACAUCCAUUCCCCGACGUUACUUUUAACGAAAUUGUGUAAUUAUAAAUGUGUAAAAUUAUACGAAGGUAAAACAAAAUACCAGUACAUAUUAAUAAUUCCUAUAAAUGGGGAAUAAUUGUAAUUCAGUUAUAUAUUAUAUAAUUUAAUUUGUAUAUAAGAUAUCUAUCGUAAUUGCUUAGAAAUGUGUAAGAAUUUUAAUGUAAUGAUCAUCUGAAGAAAUUAUUGUUGGGAAAACGAAA